AUGGUCAUACGUCAGGGAAGUAAAAACGAUGACGAAAGCGGCAUACACAGCGAUGAUUUUAUCAUUGAAAGCGCGGAUAGCGACUUUCUGGACAGGCCAAAUGCCGAAUACCUCGACGGUGACUCAAAGUUACCCGGGCAGUUAGUUCGAAAAAUACUCGAGACCAAAAAUCAGCUGGAGAAAGAAGUGGUCAAAAGUAGUCAAUCGACUACUCUAGCAUGGUCUGAUCACGUGUUCGAAAGUCAGGAGCGACGAAAGAUUCAGGAAGAGAUUUCGAAUAUGCAGGAACUGCUGCAGAGCUUAGCGAGAACCGCGCAUCCCUUAGCGAAGACUCUAGAAUUCCUGGGCGAAGACUCGGAACAGAUGCUCAAAGAGUGCCUGCAGUGGCGACAGGAGUACAAACGCAACAGACUGUUGCUGGAUCAGAAACGAAAACAGAUCGACGCUGAUUUGCAGGCGCUCAGAAAUCAGUCACGUGUAUUGGAAGAAGAAAUCGAGGAAAAGAAAAAGUCUAUUCUUGCUAUGAAAAGAAGCACAUUCAUGAACGAGCAAAAGAUUACCAAAAUCUUGCAUGGCGUGUGCAGUUCUUGA